GAACAAGACUGAAAUUUCAUUUCCUCCUUUGUUUUGUUCAAGCAGGGAGACAUUUUUAGUAAUACCAUCUAACCAAAACAAACAUCAAACAUAAUCAUUGGAUCCAUUCAUUAUACUGCAUCGUGCUAAUGCUAAAAUUAUUCAUAAACUCUAUAGAGCUCACAUACAAGACAAACUACAAUAAUUCUAUAAAUCAUUCCAUACCAACAACAAGGAAAACCUACCACAACACUUUCAUCCUUACCCUAUUCUUCACUCAUUUCAAAAGAGUGGAGAAAUCUUAUCUCCAUAGAAACUAGUAUUGAAGAAACAUAACAUUAACAAAAACCCAUGAAGAAAAUGCAGAAACAAUUCAAUCACAUUAUUCACACCCUCCUUAUCCUAUUCUCCAUAAUAACUGUUGGUUUUGCACUAAACCAUGAAAAAGAGAAACACCAAAACCCAUUCACUCCAAAAGCCUUCGUAAUUCGUUACUGGGACAGAGUGAUAAAAAACAACUUGCCAAAACCAUCCUUCAUCCUCUCCAAGACCUCACCCCUCAGCGCCACCGAAGCAGCGGCAUUCGCCAAACACGCGGCCGCCAACACCCUAUCCACAAAGUUACCGGAAUUCUGCACCGCCGCGCAUCUCUUCUGCUUCCCGGACAUAAACCCCAGCCUUAAGAAACUAUACCCUUUCGACCCGCUCCAUUUCGCUGUCUACAACGUCGACCAGAAUUUCACCACCUACGUGUUCGGCGAGAAUUUCACCACCUACGGAACACAUAAAGCCGAUGGAAUCGACGCGUUCAAGAAUUACUCCAUCGGUUUAUUCAACGAAGGACACAACGAAUUCAAAAGAUACAGCAAAAGCUCCGCCAAUCACAACGACAGUUUCAAAACCUACGCUAUCAACAACAACGCGGCGGCAGAAGACUUCAACAACUACGGAACCAGUUCCGCCGCCGGAUCUGGCGAAUUCAAAACCUACACUCAAGACAGCAACGUGCCUAACCUGAAAUUCAACACUUACACAGCCGACACCGUCGGAAGAGAACAAACAUUCACAAGCUACAGCGAUUCCGGAAACGCCGGUAACCAGACUUUCACGAACUACGGCAAAGACUCCCUCCAUGCUGUUAAUGGUUUCACCUCCUACGCAACCGACGCUAAUGUAUUCAAAUCCGAAUUCACCGCAUAUUCGGAAAAAGGCACAAGCAAUGAAGAUAAAUUCACCAGCUACGGUAAGCGCUUGAACAAUCCUGACAAUAAUUUCAAGAAUUACGGUAAGGGAAGCACUGGUGCUACCGAGAAAUUCACGAGUUACAGAGACGAAGCUAAUGCCGGUGGUGAUUCGUUCACUUCGUACGGUGAGAAUUCACGCGGUGGGAUCCACGUCGGUUUCAAUAGCUACGGCCAAAGACCCGGUUUCCCGAAAUUUCCAGGAUUUGAUAGUUUUAAAGGCUAUGCUAAAGGAGCAGAUUUGGAUCAUAAGGUUACUUUCAAAACUUACGGUGUUAAUAACACUUUCAAAGAUUACGAUAAAAAAGGUAUUUCAUUUGCUAGAUACACUAACGGUUCUUCAACUAACUCUGUUUCUGUUAGUGAUAAUUCUGUUAAAAAUUUGGUUCAACCGGGUAAGUUUUUCCGAGAAAUGAUGUUGAAAGAAGGAACGGUUAUGCCUAUGCCGGAUAUAAGAGAUAAAUUACCACCAAGGUCGUUUUUGCCUCGUUCCAUUUUGUCCAAAUUGCCCUUUGCGUCUUCUAAGUUGAACGAAAUGAAGCAAGUUUUUAAAGUGUCUGAGAAUUCUCCGAUGAAGAAGAUAAUAGUUGAUGCGGUGAAUGAGUGUGAGAGGGCACCGAGUAUGGGCGAAACGAAGCGUUGUGUGGGUUCACUUGAGGACAUGAUUGACUUUGCGACUUCGGUUUUGGGUCGCGAUGUUACGGUUCGAUCAACCGAGAAUGUAAAUGGGUGGGGUAAAAAUGUUAUGGUGGGUCGGGUUAAAGGGAUAAACGGAGGAAAAGUAACGGAAUCUGUGUCUUGUCAUCAAAGUUUGUUUCCUUCUUUGUUGUACUACUGUCACUCAGUUCCAAAGGUUCGGGUUUAUGAAGCGGAUCUUUUGGAUCCGGAGUCUAAGGCUAAGAUUAAUCAUGGUGUUGCUAUUUGUCAUUUGGAUACAACUGCUUGGAGCCCCACUCAUGGUGCGUUCAUGGCUCUUGGGUCUGGUCCGGGUCGGAUUGAAGUUUGUCACUGGAUCUUUGAAAAUGAUAUGACUUGGACUAUUGCUGACUGAAGUAGUAGCAAUAUUCACUCUAAGUUGUUAUGUUUUCAAUUCUAUGCUAUAUAUGUGAAGUAACCGUUGUUGUUCUACUUUUAGAAGUAAGUGGCUUGUCUUUUGGAGGGAUGUAUUUUUAAUUAUCAAUCUACUUUGUGUAUGUUUGUGUGAACCAUGAGCUAGAAAUAAUCAUUGUGUGUGACGGUUAUUUUCACGAAGCUUUAAUAAAAGUAAGAUGUCAAUGAAAUUGAUUGUUACUAGCUUC